AUGAUCGUGACGCCCGCCCGUCGCCGUGGGGAACUGCCGUUCCGGUCGCUGCCUCUCAGCAGUAUCCCGGCGGGGACUCCCCUGAAGGAGUUGCUGAGGCGCCAGGGCAGCCUCCAGGAUGUCGCGGAGCCGGCGGGCCGUGGGGAGAGUCGCCUCCGGGGGCCGGCGACCGGCGGUACCUGCCAGCACACGCUGCCGGCGGGCGGCGAGAAGCCGCUGGAUGUUGGCAAGAUACGGGCCGUUCCUGGGCCCGAGCGGGGGCUGAAGCGCCGGGCGUGCGAGCCUCCCGCCCACGAGUCCCCGGCCAAGAUCUUCCAGCAGAUGAAGGCCAGAGCCUCGCGGCAGAAGCGGGACGCCAGGUUGCCCGUCGAAACAUAUCCCCAGCGAAGCCGCAGCAGGGACACGAUCCAGACUCCCGCGCAGCACCCCGCGGAGCCGAGGGGAAGGCCUCGGGAAGGUACCACGGCAGGAGGCUGGCAGGGACCCUCAGAGGUGCCUGGCAGGGAUAUCCAGACAGAAAAAGAAUCAGUAUACAGCGUCCCCGAGAACCGUCCUGUGCGGGCACUUGCCACAGACACCUUUGUAUCCGAAUCCCCUCAGAGGUUCUUUCUGCGUGUAAAGGGGAAGUUGCAGCAGCAGCGGCAAAAAGAUCUGACACCUUCAAACCCAACCAAGCAGAACAUUCUUCCUUCCACAGCUACAGAAAGGCCAUCAGUCAAAUCUGCUUUUACUGAACCAUGGAGGAAUGAUCCUACAAAGUAUGUGACCAAUGAUAAGGAUGAUCAGGAUGAUUUCCUUUUGGAAUUGCUGGAUGCUGAUGAUGAAAUGUCUCAAAACACAGUGACUGGUUCUGUGAGUGUAAACUGUGCCUCUUCUGAAGACAAGGAUCAGUUGGAAGAAAGGUGGGGAAAUGGAGAAGCGAAACAAACCGAACUUUAUCAAGAGAGAAGAGGGUUGCAGCCAAGUAACAAGCAAUCUUCUCAUGGAGUAGAAACAAUACCGGAGACUAAUUUUGAAAAGCCCUCACAGUGCUUCUGUAGUAUUAUGCUUUCUUCUCCCAGAAUCCACAUUCCGAGGAAGCAAAAGCUGAAGGAAGGCUGUGAGGUCCCUUUGGAUAAACCUCACACAGAUCAAGUUGCUGGCAAAGCAGACAAAGAGAAAAGUGUCUGCCUACACCGCUGGAGAAUUAAAGUGAUGGAUGGGAACACCGCAAUAUGUGUUGAAGGCAAACGGAAGGAUAUGAAAGAUCAGAUUUGGCACAGUAACACAGUCACAGAACGCAUAGCACGCAACCAAGUGAAAACAUCAUCUGGCAGUAUCUACUUGCUACAGGGAAAUAUAGACUCAGCCUUGAUGAAGAAAGAAGGAUUUCCCUACCGCUUCAUCAAAAGGUUUGCGUAUGGAUUUCCCCAGAAGUGGAAGGAAUAUGUUGAGGAGUUUCUUGAGGAAGUAAGAAGGAAAGAACAACCCCAAAAUACCAAUGAGGAUAAAGAUGACGAGAGUGACUCAGUGGUGACUAUAGACACGUUGGAAAAUGCAGCAGGUUCAGCAAGAGGUGCAGAGAAACGCAACAGGAGGAACACCACCUAUGAAGUGUUACCAAAGAACAAUGAAAACACUUAUAAAACCCCAAAGCACAGUUCCAUACCAGACGAUUCAAACCAAGUUUACACCCGCAGUGGCCGUCUUGUUAAACCGCCGUUAAACUUCUGGUGUGGGCAGCGGGAGGUCGUUGAUCAGAACCUGAAUGUCACUGUAGAAGAAGGUGGAACAGAUUAUCUGACCUUGAUGUUUAGUAGUGAAAAAGCCUCAAGACAGACCAGUGCCAUCUUCAAGAAGAAUAAAAGAGAGCAAGUAAUGAAGAGAAGAGCAGAAACACCAAAAAUUCAAAGGAAAGGGAAAGACAAUGACAAAGGAGUAAGUUCGAAAAGAGAAGCCAGGUCCACUGGACACAAGGAGGCCCAGCGCUUCAUUUCAGACGACAUUGAAAGUGAUCGUGGGAUCAGCAACAUAAAAACCAGAACAUGGCUUUCUGUUAAGCUGAACAAACAUAACUCUAAUGGCAAAAUCCGAGGAAGGACAGAGGAAAAGAGAGGAACAGACCAUGGAGAACCGGAAAUGUAUCAGCAGGCUUUUGAGUGCUUUUUGAGGUCGGCCAAACAAGUUCCUCGAGAUAAGCAUUUAGAAGAAGACUUGUUGAGCCAAAGCGAGGAAUCCAGUGAAGAUAUCCCAUUGUCUGUCAAAAGGCAAAAGAAACCUUUACCAAAACGAGCAGCUCAAAACUUUAACUCAUCCUCUAGCUGUGGAAGUUCCCAGGAGGAUGCAAACGCGGUGUCGUGCAAAGAGUGGGUGGCGAGAGGCCCGCUGGGGUACAGCGUGCCCAGGGCCAGCCACGGCUCUGCCGUGCCCAAAGGGAAAACACCUGCCAGUGAGGCCAGUGCUUCCCGUCUGCCUGAGCUGCCAGAGACAAGAAGCAGAAGCAACCCUCUGCUGUGUUCGCUGGAUUCUGACGCCAAGUUCAAAACCCACAAAGAGGAAUUUUCUGUGAAAGAAAAGAAUUCAAAAGUAUCUGAUAAAAAACCAAAUCAUAAAGUUUCUAAUAGUGCCAAGUCCUCAGCAGCAAAAUCAAGAGAACCUGUGAGGGAAAAGGUGCAGAAAUCCCUUGCACUUUUUCCAACAGCAACUGAUGGCUGGAGUGAAAAGGAAUUGCAGAAGCUUCACAGGGCCAUCACUUUGUUUCCAAAGCACAAGAAGGGCUUCUGGGUGGAGGUGGCCAUGGCAGUGGGGUCUCGCUCUGCUGAGGAGUGCCAGCACAAGUAUGUAGAGGAACAACAGGCAAAAGGAUCCAAAAAGAAUGCCAAGAAGAUCAGCACUUCAAGGAAACCAGAACAGAAAGAGAAGAAAGAGCCAGUUAGAAUAACUGCCAAAGUGGGAACCUUCAAAAGAAAGCAGCAGAUGAGAGAUUUCCUGGAUCACUUGCCAAAGGACGACCACGAUGACAUCUUCACUGCGACACCUUUUCAGAACAGGAGAGUCAAGUUGCCAAUGUUCCAGGGAAGCCCUGAGGAUGAGGACUUAGCACUUACAGACAACCCAAUCACUCCUUCCUCAGCUAUCUUCCCUCUGGUGAAAACCCCUCAGUGUGAGCACAUCAGCCCUGGGAUGCUGGUGCCCAUCAACAGGAAUGAUUAUGACAAGCACGUGUUGAGGAUGCAGAAGAACAUGCAGGGCAGCAGAGGCACCUGGGACAACAUCAAGAAGAAGCAGGCUGGCGGGGCGUUCGGGACACCACCUUCACACAGAACCAGGUUCAGCUCUGAUAAAAAAGUGCCCCAGACCUCUCUGGUAGGGAAGCUCUUCAGGACUGAGGCAGCAGACUCUUCAGAGGAAGACGAAGACAGCUCCUCUUCUUCUGUGUACUGAACUCUGUGGAUUUUACGGGUUGGGUGCUGAGGCACCUCUCAUGCAAAGUUAUCCUGAGCUAGGACUCCUAGGAUGUUACAAGUUCGGUUUGGACACCUUGACCCACCCUGUUUUUAUGUUAUGAAACCAUUCUCCUCUUGUUCACCCAUCCAGCAACCGUGGCACUUCCUUGCCCAGGCUCCUCCUUUCCCUUGCCCCAUUUCUCCCAGCAGAGGGAGAACUGUACACAGCUUCUCGUUUUAUGGGCAGCUUCUCAUUCUUUUUAAGAUAAAAGUAUCUUUGAGAUGCGUCUGUACAAUACAUUUAUAAUGGUACAGCUUGUAACUAGUUGGAAUCACUUUUUAUUUUUCU